AUGGCAUCCAAAUUCGGCUUGCUGCUGGCUUUGAGAGCGGCUUCAGCACAGGUGGCUCAGGACGAAAGCGUCUUUGUGUACUUCGGUUCCGGGUGUUUCUGGCAUGUCCAGCACGAGUUCAUCAAGGCGGAAGAGCAAAUCCUGGGCCGCAAUGCCUCAUCUUAUACAUCCUUGACAGGCUAUGCGGGUGGGAACAGCGUCAAUGCAAUGGGCAACGCCUGCUACAAUGACUAUGCCCGUUUGGGGCACACGGAGGUGGUCGGCCUCACCAUACCUUUGAGCAAGUUGCCCGAUUUCGGAGCAGUGUUCUGGUCCCUGUUCGUCGGGACGGACCGUGUGGAUGUCAUGGACAUAGGUCCCGACUAUCGUGCUGCUGUUGGGGUUCCGGGGGGCUUUGGCUCCCCUCUGCUCCAGACAGUGAAUGCAAGCCAGGCCAGUCGGGCUGCACGAGAUGGUUGGUUUUUUGAGCUGAAGGCAGGCAACGGCAACGACCCUGACACUCUGGGCAAGGCCCUCGUGUGGGUCUACGAUACUGCGCAGUAUCCAUUCUUCCAGGCAGAGCUGUACCAUCAGUUCCACGAUGACUUCAUGCCUGGAGGAAACUAUCCGCAAGAAUACAACGAUCUCUACCACGAUCUUCUUGCCGAUGGCCGCAUGACCUCGACGGGCUGCCCGAGAGAUCAGGCGCCGGACUCUUUAGAGGCUGUGGGAUCAUCAACCGCUCAUCCCGUGGUGCUGUCUAUUGUCGUUGCCCUCGCCUGGACAGUGGCGUAG